AUGUCGCUAUCAGUGGACGUCUCCGAUUUGAAUGCUUGCUCUUCCUCCCGCCGUGUCUUCAUCAUCGGAGGCGGUAUAGUUGGCGCUUCCCUUGCCUACUUUCUCUCAAAUGAUAACAAAGACCUUCAGGUUGUUCUUGUCGAUAAAUCUCUUGAUAAGCUUCUGGGAUCUACGGGUCAUGCUCCUGGCUUUGUGGGCCAACUCAACGAGUCACCCAUAUUGACCAGCCUUGCCAAAGAUUCUGUCUCUGAGUACAUUAAAGUGCCUGGUGGGUUCGACGUUGUGGGAGGCCUUGAGCUAUCAUCAACACCUGAAGGUGUCGAGACAUUACAUCGCCGACGUGACCUAGCGACAUCUUCCGGUCUACUUGCCGAAGUUAUUACACCGGAGAAGGCUGCGUCCUUGGCUCCCGACUUUAUUGAUGCCGAACGCGUGGAAGCUGGUUUGCUUUUCCCGUCGGAUGGAACAGCAAAUGCGCAGGACAUCACCCUUUACUACAUCAGAGAAGCUCGCAAAAGAGGAGUCAAGUUUCUUGAAGCCAUAGUGACGGGCCUUGUCUCCACAGGAGAUCAAUUAACUGCCAUACGCUCUACACAAGGGGAUAUUCAAUUGAAUGGCAACAUUGUUGUGCUGGCCACCGGCAUUUGGACUGCACCACUGAUCAAGGAUGUAGUCCAAAUCCCGGUUCCUAUUAUCCCAGUUGCACACCCUUAUACUUUCAGUGCUCCGCGAGCUCCCCGAUCCGGUACACCAUAUCCAUUCGUUCGCUGGCUGGACCACCAUGUAUAUGCUAGAGACCAUGGCGACCGUGACGGACUAGGCAGCUACGACCACCCGCCGCUACAGGUGAACCCAACCGAGAUGGCGAUCGGUGCUUGGCCUUCCGACUUUGAACGAGUUUUGUCCGAGGCCACAAGUCAAUUGAAGAAUGGCCAGCAGUUCCUGAUUGACGGGCCUAGCACAGACCUGGAGGAGAAGCGUCCUUUCAAUGGUAUCUUCGCAGUGACCCCGGAUAAUCUCCCCCUGGCGGGAGUGGUUCCUGGUAUAUCUAAUAUGUGGCUUUGUGCUGCAAUUUGGGUUACAACUGCUGCUGGUACAGCUCAACUCAUUUCGAGACAAAUAUGCCGGGGAACUAAAGACAUAAGCCCCCACGAUGAAGCUCUUUUGAAGGCUUUAAGUCCAAGUCGAUUUCAGGGGCUUGACGCAACUGCACUUGAAAUCGAGGCUCUAAAGAAGUACAAUGAUAUAUAUAAUAGAGAUUUGAAGUGA